AUGGAUACCAACGUGGACAGCCCCUCGUCGGAAGCCGCUGGCCUCAACACCUCCUCUUCGGCUGUCCUCGGUGGUGUCGGGGUGGCCUCCUCUUCCUCGACCUCGACGCCGUCGCCCAGUCGGUACGAGGCACAGAAGAGGAGGGACUGGAAUACCUUCGGGCAGUACCUCAAGAACCACCGGCCGCCGCUGUCACUGUCGCGGUGCAGCGGCGCGCACGUGCUGGAAUUCCUGCGGUACCUGGACCAGUUCGGGAAGACAAAGGUCCACACACAGAUGUGCCCCUUCUUCGGCCACCCUAACCCUCCCGCCCCCUGCCCGUGCCCUCUCCGGCAGGCCUGGGGAAGCCUAGACGCACUCAUCGGCCGUCUCCGGGCGGCCUACGAGGAGAAUGGCGGAAAGCCGGAAGCCAACCCCUUCGGCACCCGGGCCGUUCGGCUCUACCUCAGGGAGGUCCGCGAGCUUCAAGCAAAGGCAAGGGGCAUCAGCUACGAGAAGAAGAAACGGAAGAAGCCUUCUCAAGGCGUCGGGAAUCAGGGCCAUCCGCCACACACCUCAUCCGCCGGUGCAAGCUAA